AUUGACAAGCUGCGCGACGAGCUUGAGGCCUUGACGGCCGAAUGGCGUUCCGGCGACUCGCAGGACAGCGAGCGCGCGAUGCAGCUCUGGCAAUCGUACACCAGGCUGACACACGAUCUGUCCUUGAUGCUGACAGAGCAGCUGCGGCUGAUUCUGACGCCGACGCAGGCCACGCAGCUCAAGGGCGACUACCGCACGGGCAAACGGCUGAACAUGAAGCGCAUCAUUCCCUACAUUGCGUCGGAGUUCCGCAAGGACAAGAUCUGGCUCAGGCGCACCAAGCCGGCGCGGCGCGAGUACCAGGUCAUGGUCGCCCUGGAUAACUCCAAGUCGAUGGCGCAGAACACACGCGCGGUCGAGCUUGCUUACGAGACCCUGGCGCUGGUCACCACGGCGCUGAACCAGCUCGAGGUUGGCCAGCUGUCGGUCGUGUCGUUUGGCGAGCAGGUCAGUCUUCUGCAUCCGUUCGAGCAGCCGUUCGACAGUGAGGCCGGAGCACGUGUGCUCAGCCGGUUCUCGUUUGCCCACGACAAGACCGAUGUUGUCCAAUUGAUGGAUGCGUCGCUUAAGCUGUUUGAGGAGUCGAUGGGCGGCUCAGGCGACCUGUGGCGGCUGCAGCUGGUGAUCUCCGACGGUGUGUGUCAGGACCACCCGAGGCUGCUGCGGCAGGUCAGAGCGGCCAUGGAGCAGCGCAUCAUGACGGUGUUUAUUGUCCUGGACCGCUCGGCUAUUGCUGUGGAGGGCGACAAUGUCGACCCCGAGAAGGACUCGAUCAUGAACACCCAGCAUGUGUCGUUUGUCAAGGGCGAGAACGGCAAGAUGGAAAUGAAGGUCGAGAGGUACCUUGAUACGUUCCCGUUCAAGUACUAUGUCGUGCUGCGCGACAUCAAUGGCCUGCCGAGCGUGCUGGCCGAGACCUUGCGCCAGUACUUUAGCUUGGUC